UCCCAACACAGGGCUUACUUCAUCUGCUUGCUUCAUCAAACAUAUGCUGACAGUGUCAGAGGUGCCUGAUAGUGCCACGUGGACUAUCAUCUGCAUGGGAACCACUCCUAUUUAUGAGUUAAUGCGUCAACAGGUUCCCAAUGUCAGCUUAGUGUCUGAAAAACCAAAGCGAGGAAGUCCCACAGCCGUCCGCAGACAGCCAACUGACAGGAAGGAAGGAACAACCACGCGGUGCCUCCGUGAACACAUCUCACUGCUUUUAUCUUCAAUUCCUCCUCCGUCUGCAGCACCUUUUGUUCUGAAGGUUUUGUGAAAACACACACAACUUGCCGGCAAAAAAGGAGGAACUAGGACUUAACUGGCCACCCCCCCCCCCAACCCCCCAGUGCACAAUAUCCUCUUUUGGAGCACAGCAGACCUGUUUUCAUUUCAUCUCUUAGGUUUUAGCGCAGCGUGCAGACAGUGGGGAUGGGUGUCGGGGCAGAUGGUGUUCAGCUUGGCCCCCAGAAGCUGAGGCCGAGUUGAGGCGGAGAGGAACACAGGCUUCUGUCAUGGGAUGCUGCAGUGUGACGCAGAGGCAUAGCGGCGUGGACGAGGUGGGCCCCGAUGAGAUCGAGCUCCUGGAACUCAGUGGAGAAAACUCAGGGCUGUGGAGUCUGGGAGAGACCAGGCUCCAACUGUCAGUGCACAAUGGGAGAGACGAGCCACCGCUGCCAUCACCGCCACCGCUGCCAACCUGCCCUUCAGUACAACACCUGGGACAAGAGGUGGUGCUGUGGGGGCAGAGCAAAGAUGAGCUGCACCAUAGGAUUUACUCCCAACAGCCAAUCAGGGGCUGGGAGGGUCAUCCUGCCCACACCUACGGAGAGAUAAUUCACUCCUCCCUGGUGUCUCUGUGCAGCAACUACACACAGGAGACCAGUGAACACUUCCUGGUGUUAUUCUCCUUCCACCUCCUGAUCCUCUCUGUGGACCACUCACGGCAAGACUUCAGUUAUCAGGGCGUCCUUCCUCUUUCUGGACUUUCCUUCAGAGUUGUGUCCACGGAUUCUGACACGCCACAUUCACCACACAUGUUUGAGAUAAGCAGUCCAGUUGUCGAGUCCAAGAUAUUCAAAUGUUCCAGUGCUGCAGAGUUACAAAAAUGGAUGGAGCACAUAGAAGAGAGGACAUACAAGUCAAAGAUACUACCCAUGAGCCCCUCCCAUUGCCCUCUGUCCUAUCUGUUACCCUGUGAUGAGCACUGGAAAAGAGAAGAGCUGAAGAAGUACAUACUCCAAGCUCCAAUCUGGCAGUGGGAGGGUUCCCCCAUACAGCACAUGGGACCACCAGGAUACUUAUCCAUAGUUCACAUCAUUAACUCACACAGACAGGGUCUACAGGAAAGGCUGAUGGUUCUAUUCCCUCAGGACGUGCUGCUGCUCUCAGUUGACAACAAACGUCUGAAUCUCACUUAUGAGGGCAGGUUGGCCCGACAAAGCGUCAGAGCAGUGGAGAGGUCGGCCUCGCCGUCACGCCUGCAGUUUGAGCUGAUGGGUGAGCUGUUGGAGCCUCUGCAGGUUUCUUGUACCUGUCUGGACGAUUACCAGAAGUGGAUUUUCCAAUUGCAGCAGCCCGACGGGAGCAGCUCCAUCACUGUCAAUCGCAGCGUCCCUCCAAUCAUGCCGAAGCUGCGGAGGAGCAGGAAGGAGUCCCAGGAACCAAUGUUAACAGCCGACCAAUGUCACGUCAAUGGACACAGCUGACAAUGAUUACAGGAUGAAUGUCGAACGUGUAGAUAAUAUGGAGUGUGCACAUCUAUGCCACUGUUAGAAGUCACAUGGAAAAUGUUCAUUUCCAACUGUUAAUGUUUUGUUUUCAAAAUAAAGAUUAUUUAAUUC